UAUAAAUACGCUGGCGUAGGCAGAGGUAUGCGGCAUCUUUCAGCGUCCAGCAAAUCUCCAGCUCCCACCCAUCCGCAAAACCUUCAUGCCUAAGGCUAGCACGUCCAAGGUAGCGGUUGCUUCAGGCAGCCAAAUGCGAUCUGGCAAGGCUUCUACAUCCGACGGGGAUGCGCAGUUCACUCGAAGCGACGACAGAUCCGAGUACGACAUAUUCACCUCCGGUUGUGCUUCUGCUGCCCACCUUCUGACCUUGGUGCGCGUCGCGCUCUUGCGCGACGAUCUUACGAAGAUUUACGGAAUCGACAUGACGGAUGUCCUCCCCAUUGGUGAGGACGCUGUGCUCAAGCGCAUCGUCGAUAAAGCGUUCCAUCAUCCUAUCACUGCCCAUCGCCUGCGCCUGCUCAUCAUCCGAGGCAACAACACCGACCCCAUCGUCCGAACAGAGCUCGCGGAUGUGCUGCGUGCGCUCGAGCUGCCCCACCUCAAAGCUAUCAAGAUCCUUCGUCCUGGGUUUUCGUGCAGAUACUUUGAGGAGGCAGUCUACCUUCUGCUCUUCAAGGCUGGGAAGAAGGGCGUUCUCAAGCACGUUUCAUUACAGUGGAACUGCACCUAUGGCGCCGGGCUCACGAGGUACCUCGAAUCCUCCGCAACAGCCAACCUUGUCACCCUGCGCCUGCAGACCAACGCGGACGUGCGGACUCGGAUUACUGACGCCCUUGGGCGCGGUCACCGCUUUCCCAAGCUACGUCGGUUGAGCCUAGUCCACAUCCAAGGGCUUACGCCCGCGCUGCUGCUCGACACGCUUCAGACCCGUUUUGAUCGUGGCCUGAGGAACCGCCUCGUCGUCGAGAUCACUGGUGAGGUGCCCAAGGCCGUUGUAAAGGCAGGUCGUGAAAUCAACGUCGUUUUCCGCUCUGUUGGAGAGACCCUCCUCGAGAAAGCCCAAGACCUCUAA